CCCCCCCCCCUUUUUCUACAUUGUUCUCCGGCAUCUGGGCGAUUAUCCGAGCUUGUCAUACGCCGUUACAAGGCUUGGCCCCGUUUCGCUUUCUGCAGCGUGUGUCUUCCAUCCUCAACGCUCAUUCGUCCGAAGAGAUUCGUCAUCGCCAAACCAUCUUCCUUGCACUCUGGCCAGACGACCCUCUGCAGGUGAAACCACCCCCGUCCGGUUCGACUACUUGAGUUUGUAGUCUGCUCUAUACUUGGGUAAGUCCAAUGGUUUCCCCCGACGCGCGAAAGAGCCCCAUGCGAGAGAACCGAAGGGAACUGAAGGAGUUAACGCCUCCUCCAAGCGAAAGCCUAGACGAUUCCGCGACGACCAUGGCGACAACGACAGUUACCGGUCAUGGGCGGCGGGCUUCUAUGCGACAACCCGAAUUGCAAGUGCCGAACAAACCCUCGUCCUCUCAACACAUCAGUAGCCCCAUCGACAAGUUCCCUCCAUACGAAGAUUCUCUAGACGCCGCCGUGGGGUCAGCGGCACCCUCAACCCGACCGCAUCGAAGCCCCUCGGUGAAAUAUGCCCCAAGUGAACAGUGGGAGCCACGGAAAACUGCAUUCUACUCGCGAGAUCACCCCAAUGAAGCUUUGAGGAAUUCCAAACACCGACCCCGAAAGAGUAUCAGCGAGGCCAUUACCACCAUUCGAAACCGCAACGGAAGUAUGAGCGCCAAUGCGCAGGAACUCGCCGAGGCCCUUAAAGCUCCGGUAUCAUAUCGAUUGAUUGGUCUCUGUCUGAUUUGGUACAUGACCUCUGCGCUCACGAAUACGUCCUCGAAAUCAAUACUGAAUGCCCUGCCAAUGCCCAUCACGUUGACGAUCAUUCAGUUCGCGUUUGUCUCCUUCUGGUGCUUAUUGCUUGUGUAUCUGUCGACGGUGAUUCCGUGGCUCCGGCGAAGUGUACCGGUUCUCAAACACGGCAUUCGGUAUCCCUCUCGGGAUGUGAUUUCCACCGCGCUGCCUCUGGCUGUUUUCCAGCUGGCAGGCCAUAUCCUGAGCUCAAUGGCUACCUCCCAAAUCCCCGUCUCUCUGGUCCAUACAAUCAAGGGCCUGUCGCCAUUGUUUACGGUUCUGGCAUAUCGAGUCCUGUUCCGCAUUCGGUACGCCCGGGCAACGUACCUCUCGCUGGUCCCUCUCACCCUUGGAGUCAUGCUUGCAUGCUCCACUGGAAUCUCUACAAACUUCUUCGGAAUUCUCUGUGCUCUUCUGGCUGCUCUGGUGUUUGUCUCCCAGAAUAUCUUCUCCAAGAAGCUCUUCAAUGAGGCCGAGCGCGUUGAGGCCGAGGCCGCUAAUCCUGCUCGGCGUAAGCUAGACAAGCUCAAUCUGCUCUGCUAUUGCUCUGGGCUGGCCUUUUUCCUCACAUUGCCCAUCUGGUUUGUGAGUGAAGGAUACCCUCUGAUAUCCGACUUCAUCCAUGACGGUGCCAUUUCACUGUCUCACAAGCAGGGGUCGCUGGACCACGGUGACCUCUUGAUUGAGUUCGUCUUCAAUGGCGUCUCGCACUUUGCGCAGAACAUUUUGGCAUUUGUGCUUCUUUCCAUGGUGUCACCCGUCUCGUACUCAGUUGCCUCCCUAGUGAAGCGUGUGUUUGUGAUUGUGGCUGCGAUUUUGUGGUUCGGCAGCUCGACGACGCCCAUCCAAGCCGUUGGAAUUGGUCUCACCUUUGUUGGUCUCUAUCUCUACGAUCGCAACAGUCACGACGACGUGGCUGACCAGCGCGCAAAUGCGGAUCACUUCCGUGCGCGAGAGUCCAUUCUACCCAUGAAUGUCCGACACUCGAGCAAGCCGUGGGACUCCAAUGGCUAUGCAUUCCCCGGUGCGAGAUCGUUCGAGACCUCCACCGGGAACACCUCCCAUGCGACCAACUCCUCUAAGAAACAGGAUGAUGGCCCUGGGCGCGUUCGCCCUCGAGGAGCAAGCGUGAACCGGACCUGGCUACCCGGGACGAAGCAGGAGUCAACGUGGCAGCCCGCUGAUUCUACCGCUGCCGCAUAGAUAGCCAUUUGCGCCUGUCUCUUUUAUCUCAGUUCUCGUGAAUUUUUUUUUCUUCCCCUCCGGCUUCUAUGUUUGUAUUCUUCCCCUCACAGACAGAGGCUUUGGGAAACCUUGGUGUAUUAUAUUAAGGCGUUCAAGGCGGAUUCUUGCUUUAUUUUCUGGGAAGAUAGAUCACCAGUCGGUUCGAUUUCCUGCCGACAUUGUCUAGUGAAUCAUUUCUCCUAUUUGGGCGCCAACAUGGAUGGGGCGAAGGGAACGAAGGAUAAUCGAGUUUUGUAGGUUGUAUAUGAUUUCAAUCUACCUAUGAAUCUAGUGACCGGGAAAAGAUCGAUGUCUAAAAGGCGUUAAGUUUGCAUCAUCCUCGUUUAUCAAGGUCCGCCGUCAGUGUCGCGUCGUACUUUGUAGGUCGGUAUGUAGCUACCGUCGGUAAAGAACAUGUCAUAAUAGGGAAGACCCUUGACUGCUCCAGUUCGGUGCAAGUCUGCUAUAGGACUAUGUUGCAGAGGAAACUGGGACUGAGGGCCCGGACUCCUACAAUAAAUCAUGCCCAG